AUGGGUCGUAGUCGAGAUCGUGAAGGCUCACUUGCUUCAACUGGCUCUGGACGCACAGCACGAUCAAAGAAAUGGGAUGGAAAUGCUGGUCAUCGACUUCAUUUAUCUGACUUACCAGUGGGUGUUAGUAAGCAUGAAAUCGAAAAAAUAUUUCGUCCGUACGGCGAAUUAAAUGAGAUUUGGGUCGCAUCGAAUCCACCUUGUUUCGCAUUUAUCAAUUUCACUCACCGAUCUGAUGGUGAACGUGCAAUGAAAGAACUUGACGGAACAACUUUAGCCGGUGCAAGAAUUGGCCUUAGUUGGGCCCGACCACGACACUAUGGUGGCCGAUCACGUCGCCAGACCGAGAUUCUUACAGUAGUCGUCGUCGCCGCUACUCACGCUGUUGAUGAUUACUGGAUGAAAAUGAUUGACUCACAUUCUUUGGCAGAGAAAGAACAAAGAAGCCGUUCGCGUAGUCCACACUAUCGACGUUCUGGCGAUAGCCGACGACGACGAAGUCCACGUUCAGGCUCGCAAUCACCUUCACGAUCACCACGAAGAGAUCCCCGUCGAGAUGACCGUCAGAAAACAUCGAGACGAGAAGAAAACAGACGUCGUCGACAUUCUUCGUCACAAUCAGAUCACAAUUCAAACCGUUCACCACGACGAGAAAACAAAAGACAAUCAACGCGUAGUCCAAGCAACGAACGUCGCCGAUCAGCAACACCGAAUGGUGAUCAUCACGCAGUUGAAACAGAUGGUAAUCAUGCUGCUGAACUCGAAGUCGAUGAACAGGAUUAA